AUGGCCUACAGAGCCGCAUACAACUCCCCUGCCGGCUACGCCCUCCGCCGCAACGGCUCAUGCCUCGCCGACGAAGAAAUAUCCUGCGGCAAAACAUGGGGCGAUUUCUCCGCCUGCUGCCCAAAGGGCACGAGCUGUCCCAGCAAGAAUAGCAAGUGGAAAAAUAGCAUCUGUUGCCCCGGCGGGGGCAACUGCUCCAAUAUGCUAAAGAAACGACCGCAUUGCGGCAAUAACGAGACGUGGAACAUGUUCGAGCAUAAGGGCAAUUUUUGCUGCGAGAAGGGCCAGACGGCGUUUUGGAAUCGCGAUAUGGAUACUGAGGGUUAUGGGUGUGUGAGUGGGCAGCCGGAUAACCCGCAGUAUAUGGUUUUGGGGCCAGUGAAACAGAUAAGGGAUGCCCCUGAAACCUCUGACUCGAACGAGAUAAGCGGCGGUGCGAUCGCAGGCGCUGUCGUCGGUGCCGUAGCUGGCGUGGUUAUAAUUAUCGGACUCGUUUGGUUCUUUCUCCGACGACGACGACAGGCUCGCGCACGCGCACAGCCGCCAUCAUCCUUCCAAGACGAAGGGCGCACUAUAUCCCCGAUGUACUCGAAACUCGACAAUGGACAACCGAACGAGCUGCACAGUGAACCGGCGAAGGAAUCGACCCGACCGCACGAGAUUGACAGCAUAACACCAAGAGAACUAGAUGGUCAGAGUAUCCCAGUUGAGAUGGGGGAUAAGUCGCCGGUGGAGUUGCCUGCUGGGGUUCGAUGA